AUGAUAGAACUAAUUGCGUUGGGUGAUGCAUUCCGAUACACAUUUGUACAUAAUUUACCAAAAGCAAGAAGGUUGAACUCCAAUGUGGUGAACAGAAAAUGGGGUGACGCGGGAUCCUAUAGAUGUAUAGUACAAACUCCCCACGGUGCAGUUUCCUCAAAAACAGUUACAUUGCUCACGGCAGUUAUUCAUGACUUUGAUGUAUCACCAUCCAAUGUAACAGUUAGUUCAGAAGCUAGUUGUUCUGUUAUUCGAUUUAACUGUCAUGUCAAUUCCAUUCCUUUAGCAACUAUUACGUGGCAGAAAAACGGAGUUGUCUUGUCCAGUAACAAUAAAAAGUUUGUAACUAAAGUUCCUGGUAUACUAUAUAUUAAACAAGUUAACGAGAAUGAUGCUGGGGAGUAUAGAUGCGUAGGAAAAAACCAUUUAUUGAACAAGACAAAAUACAGUGAAGUUGGUAAUUUGACUGUCAACAAGAUAAACACUGGACCAAAAUCAGAUAUCCAAAAAUUAGCAUUCAUUUCGCCUAAUGUUUUGAACCUGAAAAUUAAGUAUGUGACUGAAGGUGAAAAUGUGACAUUUGAAUGUGCUGCUACUGGUGUUCCGGCUCCUCAGCUCAAUUGGUCAUUUGAAAACUCUACAGGACACAAUACUAUACUUAAUGAUGAAGGAACUUCUGUCAACAUAUUAAGUUUAACAAGAGUAAGUUUUAAGGAUUCAGGAACUUAUACAUGUCAUGCAUUUCAGUCUGUGACAGGAUGGCCGGAUCUGCCACAAGCUCAAUAUUUUCAAUUAGAAGUUAUGACACCUCCUAACAUCACUAUUCCACCAGAAACACAAACUAUGCCUAUAGCAAAUACUAUUCGCUUCAGGUGUGUGGCUGAAGGUAAUCCCACUCCUAAUAUAACAUGGUAUCACAAUGGUCAACGUUUGAAGUUAAAUGGUCGUAUAAAGGCCAAGAGCAAACAACUUUUAUUAGUUAGUAAUACAGUAUCGAAUGACUCUGGAUUCUAUCAAUGUUUUGCUUCUAACCAAUAUGGGACUAUAUGGGCAGGAGCGAUGCUCAAUAUUAGCUCAUCCCCAUUUGAACCAGCACCACCUAUUAAUAUCAGCUGUCGUACAUUAUCUCCUACUCAAAUUCAAGUAUCUUGGCGAAAGUCCCCAACAGAUAUCCCUGAUGAUCCGCCUAUCCUUGUUCGCGAUGAUUCUACACAACUUGGUCCUUCUCACGGUGGUGUGCUAUCAUCAUCAUCUGCUACUGUGUCUACAGAUAAUGAAAAUAAAGUAUCCAGAGCAUAUUCUAUUCAUUACAUGCCUACAGAUGGCGGAGAAGAAACACAACAAGUUAGUGUAAACCAUUCUAUUAUUGUAGAAAAAUUGAAACCAUACAAAAACUACACUUUUUAUGUACGAGUCUAUAAUGGUAAAUCUGGAUCUGAUCAAUCUGAAAAAGUCACUUGUAAAACUCAAGAUGAAGCGCCACAAACAGUUCCAGAACUAAAGGUUACUACUGCUCUUAGCCCUAUAUCAAUAUACAUAGAAUGGGCUGCAAUUAACGUAAAUUUGGCUAAUGAAGCCAUUACUCAUUAUCAAGUAAUGUGGAAACGAUUACAUUGUUCAUCGAAUUAUAUACAAUUGUUGGAUAAUGAUGCCAGACAAUACACAAUAACAGGACUUAAGCCAGGAGAACAAUAUGAAGUGCAAGUAUUAGGUGCAACACAAAAUGGUUUACCCAACAUUAAUUUUUCAUGGCAUUUAGUUGAGUUACCCAAUAUUAAUCCUAUAUUGCCCAUACCUAUUUUAAGAAUUAUCAUUGACCAAUCAAUUAUAAAGCUUUCAUGGUUUGUCAAUGAUCAAUCAAUUAAAUUUGACUCGUAUAAACUAAUGUAUCGCAUCACUAGCCAAACAAACCAAUCAGUGAUGACACUGCACAUACUCAGACCAGACACAAACCAUCAUAUAAUACAUUAUACCAGUGAUUUAGAUGUUUAUGAAGUAUUAUUAAACUGUGUAUCCGAAAGCGGUGAAGGAGAAUCAGUAUCUAGAACUAUAGCAGUAGGUUUAGAUAUAUUGUCACCCCCAUCUCAGAUCGAAGCUGUUGCUACGUCACUCCAGACAUUGAAUUUGUCCUGGGUUCAUUCAGAUUCUGAUAGUCCAUUGUCUUUGCUGUCUAUUAUUACCUACAAUCUAGUAUCUGAUUUUUCUCAGAAAUCCACUACAGUUAUAACUGAUAUGGGUGUAUCUUCAUUUGAACUAUCAGGACUUAAACCUUAUAGCUUAUAUGAAAUCAAGAUUGCAGUUCAAGACCAAAAUAACAGAAAAAGUGAAUUCAGUCAAAAGAUACAGAUACGCACACUUCAAGGAGUUCCUGGUAUAGUAGAACAAAUAGAAUUGCAGUGGAUAAAUACUAGUACUGUUCGUAUAACUUGGGUAGAGCCAAUGAAGUCAAAUGGUGUGAUUAUGGGUUAUUAUGUUUCAUAUACACCCGAUCUUCACAUACCUCCUACAUCCUGGGAACAGCUAAAUGUCUCUCGUCAUAAAAACUCAUUAGAUUUGUACGGCUUAAACAAUGACACACAAUACUUCUUUAUGGUACGUGCUGCUACUGAUGCCGGAUUUGGUCUACAAAGUGGCAUAUUUUCCAUUAAUCCUUUAACUACACUGAUUAACCUACCAGUUAAUUCAAAAUAUCCCUCCAAUUCACCAGCCUUGUAUAUAGAAGAUCAGCAGCUAUUAGGUAUAGUCAUCGGUAGUGUGAUUGGAGUUUGUUUCAUGAUGAUAUGUAUUACAAGUAUUGUAUUGAAACGUCAAUGCGUGAAAGCUGAACGAGAACGAGAUCCCCAACAAAACUCAAUGGGUACUGACAUGGCAUUCUGUGCUCAACAUCUACGACCAUUUACUAUUGAUCAUGAUCAACACGAAGAAAGUGUUCCUUUAAACGAUGUAAAUUACAUUACUAGGCACAUUGACGGAAGAAAUCGAUAUCCAAAUAACAUGUCUGGCAUGGCGUUACCACUUCUUGACCAAAGUAAUCCAGGAGAUCAUGACAUAACAAAUGUCCAUAUCAUUGAAAACCCUCAGUGUACUGUUGACGUUGAUGGUUAUGAUGUGGACAGUCUAUUAAGCGAAUCAGCUGAAGGUGGUGCGGGCACCGAAGAAUCUGGUUGCAGUGACCAACUGGCUAAGAGCCAUAAAGGUGGUGGUGAUUCUAAUGUGGUUGAUGAUGGAUUUCAUGAACAUGUUAUGAGCUAG